AUGGCCGACGUCCUCAAGAACAUCUUUGGAGGCGCAAAGCCGGAGCAGCCCGCUGCCGCCAAGCCAGACUCUGACUUUGCCGACUUUGCCGGAGCUCCUGAUGCCGUCCCCGAAGCCGUCCCCGAGGCUUCGACGCUGACCGGGUCGGUCGCCCAGCCCACGGGCGAAGUGGUCUGGACCAAGUGGUACAACAUCCAUGAGCGCCACUCGCUGUCCGAGUUCAAGCCCGAGGGCAUCAUCCUCGUCAUCGCGUCAAUCAUCUUCAUAUUCCACAUCUUUGGCACGCGCGCAAACCGCUCCAAGGCGAGGGCGUGGAUCAAGGCCCAUGCCCCCGUCAUGAAGAGAGAGUUCGCCUCUGUCGGCUUCCGGGGCGUGCCCACGCUCGACGCCGACUUUGACCCCAAGUCCUUCAUCAAGGAGAAGUCGCUCUUCGAAUUUGCCUCGUACGCCACCGGCCGCCAGAACGUUGCCUUUAUGGAUGUCAAGAUCACCCUUGCCAAGCGGUUCAACCCGUUUAUGCACUACAUCGAGCAUGGACUGUCCCUGGUCACCGACACCUUUCCCGCCCCCCAGGAGGUUGUAGAGGCUACCAUCUACCCCUUUGAUGGCAAGGAGGAGCUCACGCUCCCUCCCGCAGCCGGCGGAGUCGAGACCCGUCCCAAGGACAGCAAGAGCACCUUUGACGGCUUCGUCUGGGCCAUUGUCAACAAGUCCAGCAUGCAAAAGCUGCGUGAUGACCGCUACGACGUCUCUCUGACCGCUACCAAGGACAACUCCAAGCUGCCCAACUGGCUGACCAUUAUGAGCGAGAGCGCCGAGAUCACCGAUGCCUUCCUGACCCCUGAGCUGAUUGAAGCCGCUACCAAGGCCGGCGACCUGUUCGAAUAUCUCAUCAUUUCCGACCAGCCCAUUGACAAGCCCGCUCGCCUGGAGGAGACUGCGCCGCGCAAGCGAGUGUUCCUCAAGUACCGUCUUCCGUCGAACAACAACUACGACCAGUUCUUGCCCUUGUUUGAACACUUCCUUCGCAUUCCCGAUGCUCUCGUCAGGGACGGCCAUUUCCGUCCCGAGGUUCUCAAGAGGGUUCGUGCCACCCGCGAAGCCAUGAUUGCUCAGAUCAAGAAGACGAUUGAGGAGGAGAAGAACGAGGAGCGUCAGAUUGAGAAGGAAAAGGCCAAGAAGGCAAAGCGAGAUGCCGACCUUCAGGGCCUGGAUGCCAAGGCGCAGAAGAAGUAUCUUGAGAAGGAGAGGGACAAGGAGAUGCGCAAGUCACAGAAGAGGAUGACAAUGCGAGGGUAA